AUGAAAGCUUGGGCUUAUCUUGAAGCAGAAAGUGCGUUAAUGGGAACUCACGAGGUCUUUUCAUCGUUCGAGUUUUUAAAGGCAGCAUUCACAAUGUCAGGCAAGCUCGACAACAUUCUGAGACCCAAAAUCAAAAUUUUCCUGGACUUAGGCUUUACCCCUGCUGAUACGGCCGAUAUUGUAUCUAAUGACCCGUUUCUUCUCAGGCGGAGCGCCGAAAAUCGUCUCGGGCCGUCACUCACGGUGUUUUUGAAUAUUUUGGGUUCAGUCGAAGAAGUUCGUAGGCUCCUAAAGGCAUCUAGUUGGUUUCUGAAACAUGAUUUAGGGAAGAUUAUGUUGCCUAAUAUUGGAUACUUGGAAGUACUGGCAUAUGCUCUUCACAAACUGGUAGAUGAAAUGGGCUUUGAUAGGAAAUCUAGUAUGUUUCUACCUGCAAAACGCGUAAUAAGUUCAAUGUCUUCAGAGAGAUGGCAUCUGAAACUGAACGUGUUCCGGAGCUUGGGGCUUUCUCAAAAUGAUAUUCUAGUUCUGUUUAGGAGGUCGCCCCCGGUAUUUGCUAUAUCCACAAGGAAAAUUCAGGAGGUGACGGAGCUGCUACUUAGUUCGGGAAGUUUCAAUCCUGGUAAUACUUGGCUUCUUAUAUCCUGA